AUUUUUAUGUGCCAAUUUAGUUUUAUUGGUGAUUUGACUAACAAGCCAAAGACAUUCGCCGGUUGGCCGUCAUGUGGGCCGUCACAGGUGUUGCUGUAGUGGUAAUAAGCUUCUUUCCUCAAUGCCAUGGACGCUCUCACUACAACAACCAAUCGGCCCACGAGUUUACGACGCCCAAAGAUGAGAUCCUGCCUUAUUCUCCAGAUGAAGCUAUUCAAAUGAGUACAGUGAUAGCCGGCCUGAUGCCAGACUCCUACGGCGAGAACUUCAACUUCCUCGAUGGAGACAGCUUCGGAAUUGGACCAAUGCACGAGUUCGUGUACGGCUGGCAAGCGAUAGUGAACACUAUGAGUAUGAAGAACAACGUAGAAGUUCGCAAGCGCGCUGGUCUGCAGCGGUUCGCGUUGGCUGGCAUCAACGGGAUCACGUUGAUAUCUCAUAUCGGAGCGACUGAGAUCAUGAUCAAUGGUACCAGGACCUACUGUUUCGGCGGGGUGUCUCGACCGCCCGGUAGGAGGAGCGUUAUUUGCAAGGGCGCCAUGUACCAAGAGGCACGGUUCAGCUGCAAAGUGCCGUAUCUCCGCUUCCCCACUGUCCUGGGCUACAGAUACUGCAUUGACAAAUACGCUGCCGUAAACACUGUUGAUGGAACUCACAAAACGACCUACUGCGCACGCGGCGAGACCGUACCGAAGUUCCAUUACGACUACAUAUGCGAGCGUCGAGACGUCAAGAUUAAACAUGUCAACUUUUCGGACCCCAAUGAGAAGUUUAACAUCCGGAACCCUGUGGUACGCCGAGCCGAGUAUUAUCGGGCGCCGUACGAUAUCUUGAAAGCGUGUCCGGAUUGGUAUGGAUGUAACCUUCAAAUUUCACCAGAUAUGGUUCACCAAGAUCUGCCAACCGGCCUGAUGGAUGCCAAUGAAACUGCCUUUGUGGGGCACGGUGGAAAAUAUUGGCUAGCUUUAUAUUAUACCCAGCUUUCUACUUAUGCUAUUUACUUCCAAGCGCAUGGCGAGUACCCGUGGGAAUCUAAUCGGCCUAUUCUGGCUUCGGGGAAAGGUGGAAUGUGGGAGGAACUACUGAAGGUAAACAUCGGGCCAGAUAUGAACCUGCACUACAAUUUGAACGGAAUCUUCCAUCGCUUACCUUCCGGCGUCGCACCAGAUCUUAUGAGAAACGACGGCCAGGUGCAACCUGCCAACUUUAUCAGCGAAAUGAGAGAUUCAGGAUCAGAGGAUAUACGAAUCGGAAACUCUCAUAUAUCGAAUGAUUUGGAGCGACAAGGACAAUCUGAUGGAUCCAGUGCCUACAAGUUUAUUCAUGACUCCCAAAUUCAAGCUCAGAAUUUGGGAUAGCGAGAAAUUUGCAGAUUUAAACGCGGUUGAAAAUAUAUAUUGUUCACUGUU